AUGCAUGCAGAUGACGAGCCGGCGGAUUGCACUGACGAGGAGCUCUUGGCCUUGUCGGCCAAGGAAAAUGAUCAUUCCUCUUCAGAGUCACCCCUGCCGCCACAGACUUCACUGGGAAAUGUGGAGGGCCAUCAUGAUGAUGCUUCUCCCCAUCACAUAUUUCUCCUGAAGUUCCAGCUUCCAUGGCCCCUCGUCGCAAUCCCACACGUGACAGGCGCCCUCCCUCUGGACUCAAUAUAUAUGAGGUAG